AUGGUUGUUAUGUUACAGCCAGUCCCAAAAUGCAAACCGAGUCCGGUUUUAAUCCCUGUUGUAGACUUAACCGACCCGGAUGCCAAAACCCAAAUCGUGAAGGCUUGCGAGGAGUUAGGGUUCUUCAAAGUCGUCAACCAUGGUGUCAGACCCGAUCUUUUGACCCAUUUGCAUGAAGAAGCCACCAAGUUCUUUGCUUUGCCUCAGUCCCUCAAAGAUAAAGCGGGUCCAGCCGACCCGUUUGGAUACGGUAGUAAACGAAUCGGACCUAAUGGCGACGUGGGAUGCAUUGAGUAUAUUCUCCUCAAUGCUAAUAUCCAUCUGUCUUCCACCAAAACUUCCGCGGUUUUCCAGCAAACCCCUGCCAUUUUCAGAGAGUCGGUGGAAGAGUACAAGGAGGAGAUGAAGAGAAUGUCGAGCAAGGUUCUGGAGAUGAUAGAACAAGAGCUACGGAUAGAGCCAAAGGGGAAGCUGAGUAAACUAGUGAAGGUGAAGGAGAGUGAUUCUUGUCUUAGGAUGAACUAUUACAAGGAGAAGGAAGAGUCUACGGCCAAGGAAGAGAUUGGGUUCGGUGAGCACACAGAUCCACAGCUAAUAUCAGUGCUCAGAUCAAACGACACUGAGGGCUUACAAAUCUGUUUGAAAGAUGGGACUUGGGUCGCUGUACCACCUGAUCACUCUUCUUUCUUCGUUAUUGUCGGAGAUACUCUUCAGGUGAUGACUAACGGAAGAUUCAAAAGUGUGAAACACAGAGUGCUAACAAAUACGAAGAGGUCAAGAUUAUCGAUGAUCUACUUCGCAGGUCCUCCAUUGACCGAAACGAUUGCACCAUUGUCAUGCCUUGUCCCAAAGCAAGAUGAUUAUCUUUAUAAAGAGCUUACUUGGGCUCAAUACAAGUCAUCUGGCUACAAGACUAAGCUUGGUGACUAUAGGCUUGGUCUCUUUGAGAAACAACUUCCAUUAUAUCUAUCCAAUGUUUGA